AUGGAAAGAGAUUCAUCACUUUGGAUUUUGCUAUUCUCUAUCUCCAUUUUAGCAUGGCUAUCGCCUUGUGAUGGCAAUACCCCUCCUGGGAAUUGCUCAGAGUCUGAUAGAAAAGCUCUAAGUGACUUCAAAGAUGGCCUUCAAGAUCCUGAGAAUCACCUCUCUUCAUGGCAAGGAAGCAAUUGUUGCCGGUGGCGAGGAAUAGGCUGCGAUGAGAGGACCGGAGGAGUAAUAAGCAUUGAUCUUCAGGGCUCAUAUGGACCAAACUCUGGUACGCACGGUUAUUGGAACCUAAGCGGAGAAAUUAGACCUUCAUUAGCGCAACUCAAGUCUUUGAGAUACUUGGACUUGAGCUCAAAUAAAUUUGAUGGUAUUCCACUUCCUGAAUUUGUUGGUUCUUUGGGGAACCUGCGGUACCUAAACCUGUCAAAUGCCGGGUUUAGUGGUGCAAUUCCUCCAGAUCUAGGAAAUUUGUCGAACUUGCAGUAUCUUGACCUUUCUUCUCACUUUUCUGGUUUAAGUGCUAAUGAUCUUGGGUGGAUAACUGCGCUUGGUUCUCUGAAAUAUCUUGCGCUUGAUGGAGUGGACCUCUCAAUGGUCAGUUCAAAGUGGAUCAGCAUGCUAAACGGGUUUCCGUCGUUGUCCGGGUUGCAUCUGUCCAAUUGUGGCCUAUCUGGUUCGAUAUCAUCACCUGGUUUGGUGAACUUUACUUCACUUGCUGUUAUAGACCUCAGCUUCAACAGUUUCAAUUCAGAGUUCCCUCGAUGGCUUGUGAAUAUAAGCACCCUUGUUAGUGUUGACAUGAGUUAUAGCAGUCUAUAUGGAAGGGUCCUUCCUGGUCUAGGCGAGCUACCGAAUAUGCAAGUCCUAAUUCUAUCUGGGAACAAUAACCUCUCAGCCAGUUGCACUCAGUUGUUCCAAGGAUCAUGGGAAAAGUUGGAAGUUAUGAAUUUGGCUGCUAACAAAAUACACGGAAGACUUCCCAGUUCUAUUGGAAACAUGACCACUCUUACUGAUUUUGACCUUUCUGACAAUAUGGUCAGGGGAGGAAUACCGAGCUCCAUCGGUUCACUUUGCGGUUUAGUUAAUUUUGAUUUGUCCGGCAAUAACUUGACAGGUAGUUUGCCAGAAAUCCUCCAGAGGGGAUCCGAAACUUGUGCUUCCAAGAGUUCUCUGCCUAGUUUGAGGUUCUUGAGAUUGAGCAACAACCGGCUAAGUGGUUAUCUUCCAAGCUGGUUGGGCCAACUUAAAAACCUUGAGGAACUUACUCUCGACUAUAACUUUCUUGAAGGGCCGAUUCCUUCUUCUCUUGGGACGCUGAAAAACCUCACUAAUCUGGGGCUUGGUGGGAACCAAUUGAAUGGGGCUCUUCCCGUUGAUCUGGGACAGCUUUCAGAGCUGGACACUUUCGACGUAUCUUUCAAUCAUUUGUCAGGUGAACUGUCCGAAGAACAUUUUGCAAGUCUAGGAAAAUUGAAGAUCUUAGAACUCUCAUCCAACUCUUUCACUUUAAAUGUCAGUGCAGAUUGGAUGCCUCCGUUCCAAGCUCGGAAUCUUGGCAUGGGGUCGUGCCGAAUUGGUCCGUCUUUCCCUGCCUGGCUCAGAUAUCAAAAUGAGAUAAUGUAUCUUGGUUUUUCAAAUGCGAGCAUUUCGGGGCCUGUGCCAAGCUGGUUUUGGGAUAUUUCUUCCAAUCUCUCUCUCCUAAACAUGUCUCUAAAUCAGCUGCAGGGCCAAUUACCUAAUCCAUUGCCAAUAGCUCCUUUUGCAGAUGUUGAUCUCAGCUUUAACCUUUUUCAGGGACCGUUACCUCUUCCCAUUUCUGAAAUUGAAUUAUUAGACCUCUCUUACAACCAAUUUUCCGGUGGUAUCCCACAAAAUUUAAGCAAACACAUGCCGAACUUGAUCUUCCUCUCCCUUUCAUCUAACAAAAUAACAGGUCAGCUCCCAGAAUCUAUAGGAGAAAUGCAAUUGCUUCAGGUCAUCGACCUGGCAAACAACAAUUUGAGUGGAAACAUUCCUCCAAGCACAGGGAACUGCUCACUCCUGAAGGUACUAGACCUGAAAAAUAAUUCUUUAUCGGGGUUGAUACCUGCGUCUUUGGGCCAAUUACAACAGCUUCAGUCACUCCACCUGAGCGACAAUAAGUUUUCAGGAAACCUUCCAUCUUCAUUCAAGAAUCUGUCGAGCUUAGAAACACUAGAUCUUGGCAACAACCAAAUGAACGGCACCAUACCUGCAUGGAUGGCGGGGGGUUUCAUCAAGUUAAGAAUUUUGAGUUUGAGGUCCAAUGCAUUUUCUGGAGAAAUUCCUCACGAGCUCUCAAGUUUGAGUUCGGUGCAAGUCCUGGAUCUUGCAGAAAACAAUUUGACUGGUAACAUUCCUACAAGCUUUGGAGAUCUUAAAGCAAUGGUGGAAGGGCAAGCUAGAAACGAGUACCUCUUUUACGGGAAGUACAGAGGCAUGUACUAUGAAGAGAACUUCAUUGUGAACAUGAAAAACCGGCCCCAACUGUACACCAAGACUCUUUCCCUUCAUGACGCUCUUAUUCAGAAGAGUAAUGACUUGAAGAUUAUCGAGCGGUCUCUUGAGAGAAAUGGAGAAACACUGGAUCAAUUGAAGUCCCUUAAUGCUGAACAAGAGAAAGAUGUUAAGCGUGUACGACAAAGGGAAGCACUGCUAGAAAAGGCUAAGGUGAUGAAGAAGAAGUUGCCAUGGCUUAAGUAUGACAUGAAAAAAGCUGAAUAUAUGAAGGCUAAAGAGCUGGAAAAUGAGGCAAAGAACAAAUUAAAUGAAGCUGCUAGGACUUUAAAUGAUUUUAAAGAGCCCAUUGAGAAACAAAAGAGGGAUAAAGUGGCACUGGAAGCUAAAUGUAAAAAAGUUGGCAGUCUUAUAAGUGACAACGCCAAGAGACGCUUGGAAAUUAUGGAGAAGGAAACCCAGUUGGAGGUGCAAGCACAGGGAAAGUACAAGGAAAUCCAGGAUCUGAGGAAGCAAGAGGCAUCUCGGCAGCAAAGAAUCUUAAGAGCAAAGGAGGAGCUUGCUGCUGCUGAAUCAGAACUUAAAAAUUUGACUGCAUACGAGCCACCGACUGCUGAAAUCAGCAAGUUACGUGCUUCUAUCCUAGAAAUAGAAGAUUCUGAGAGGAACAUGAGGCAGCGGAAGUCAGACCAGGAAAGAACCUUGGGUCAACUUAAAAUGUCGUUGCAGCAUUGUUUAGACAGGUUGAAGGAUAUGGAGAGUACAAAGAGCAAACUUCUACAUGCGCUAAAAAAUUCUGGAACUGAGAAGAUAUAUGAAGCUUAUCAAUGGUUGCAAGAACAUCGAUCUGCAUUGAAUAAGGAGGUGUAUGGUCCUGUGCUACUUGAGGUUAAUGUUUCGGACAGGGACCAUGCUAGUUACUUAGAAGGCCACAUCUCUUAUUACAUGUGGAAGUCUUUCAUAACUCAAGAUUCUGGGGAUCGAGACUUCCUUGUAAAAAAUCUCCGGCCAUUUGAUGUUCCUGUAUUGAAUUUUGUGGGUAAAAGUGGUCAUAAAGAACCUAUUCAUCUUCCUGAGAAGUUGCGUGCACUUGGCAUCUAUUCCCGGCUUGACCAAGUCUUUGAUGCUCCUGAUGCUGUGAAGGAGGUUAUGAUCAAUCAAUUUGGUCUGGAAUACUCGUACAUUGGAACAGCAGAAACUGAUCAGAAGGCAGAUGAGGUUUCAAAGUUGGGAGUUUUAGAUUUUUGGACUCCAGAUAAUCACUACAGGUGGUCAAGGUCUAGAUACGGUAAUCAUGUUUCAGGGAGUGUGGAGCCAGUUGGUCGUUCGCGUCUUCUCUUGUGUGGUUCUGAUGCUGGGGAAAUAGAAAGGCUGCGUUCCAGGAAAAAGGACCUGGAAGAUCGUAUUAGUGAUUUAGAGGAGAGUCUGAAACCACUCCAGUCUGACAUAAGACAGAUAGAGGAUGAAGCUUCGAAGCUUCGCAAGCAGCGGGAGGACAUAGUCAAUACUAUCAAUCAUCACAAUAGAAAGAAGCAAGAAAUGGUACAUCGUGUUGAUCAAAGGAAAAAGAAGUUGGCUUCACUGCAAGAGGAGGAUGACCUGGAUACUAUUGUGAAAAAGCUUGCUGAUCAGGCUGCUGGAUUUAAUGCUGAGCGAUAUAAAUGUGCUCUUCGUGUGAAGGAAUUACUUGGUGACGCCUUUUCUUACAAACGAAGCUUUGCUGAUAAACAUAUGGCUUCUAUUGAGUUUGAUGCAAAGAUCAGAGAAAUGGAAAUCAGUCUCAAGGAGCAUGAGAAGUUUGCGCUGCAAGCAUCACUGCACCUUGAGUAUUGUAAGAAGGAGGUAGAAGAUCAUAGGCGACAGCUAGCUGCUGCGAAGGAGCAGGCAGAAUCAGUCACGGUGAUUACUCCAGAACUUGAAAAGGCAUUCCUUGAGAUGCCAACUACUGUUGAGGAACUUGAGGCUGCUAUACAAGACAAUAUUUCUCAAGCAAAUUCAAUUCUCUUUCUAAACCCCAAUAUAUUGGCAGAAUACGAGGAUCGUCAGCGCCAGAUAGAGGCUAUUGCGAGGAAACAUGAAGCUGAUAAAAGGGAACUGACGAGAUGUUUAGCAGAAAUAAAUGCCCUUAAGGAAUAUUGGCUGCCUACCUUGAGAAAUAUUGUGAGUCAGAUUAAUGAAACUUUUGGUCGUAAUUUCGAAGAGAUGGCUGUUGCAGGGGAGGUUUCAUUGGAUGAGCAUGGCUCGGACUUUGAUCAAUAUGGAAUACUUAUAAAAGUGAAAUUCAGGCAAGCUGGACAACUUCAAGUUCUUAGCGCUCACCACCAAUCUGGAGGGGAACGCUCCGUAUCAACUAUUCUUUAUCUUGUUUCGCUUCAAGACCUGACUAACUGCCCAUUUAGGGUGGUUGAUGAGAUAAAUCAAGGAAUGGACCCUAUCAAUGAAAGAAAGAUGUUUCAGCAAUUAGUCAGAUCUGCCAGCCAACCCAAUACACCUCAGUGUUUUCUUCUUACUCCAAAGUUGCUACCGGAUUUGGAAUACAGCGAAGCAUGUAGCAUCCUGAAUAUAAUGAAUGGGCCUUGGAUAGAGCAGCCUUCGAAAGUGUGGAGCAGCGGUGGCUGUUGGCGUUCGGUCACAGGCUUGGCUAGCACAAGUAGAUGCUGAUACCGAUCUCUCUACAAUAUUUAUUGCAUGGAUGCAAUGACAUUUGGUAGCGUGAUGUGAAACAUUGUCCUGCCUACAUGUCAGUUUUGUCUUGAAUGUGCCUCAAGUUUCGGUGCUGGGCAUUAGAGAGUUCUCUUAGUUCUUGUGUAGAAAAAAUAAGGUCGCAUCUGGAUUUACGAGCAACGCAGUAUUUAACAUGUCAGUUAGUAAUGCCCUUGGUGCUCAUGGGAUGCCGUUACAUUGCUGCUCGGUGACAAAUUGCUGCGCUCUCUACUUUGUAUAGAUUGCAUUUGAAUGACUUGGCAUUGUUAUGUUAACUAAUCUAAAUAGUAAAUGAUUUUGUGGUAAGACUUAUGCUGAUCAUUGUAUCAAAUUUAAGGGACGAAAACCUUGCAAUAUUUUCU